AUGGUUGAUGGAUCUUUCCUUGGGGAUUAUACAAGGAUUUAUGACUACUGCCAUGAGUUGUUAAGAGCAAACCCAGGUUCAACUGUGAAAUUGAAUGUUCAACCAGCUCAAGAAGGUUCUGAUGAUCAUAGGAUUCACUUCAGAAGGUUGUACAUUUGUUUUGCUGCUUGUAAGGAAAGUUUCAAAUUAAGCAGGCAUUUCAUUGGGCUUGAUGGAUGUUUCUUGAAAGGACUUUGUGGAGGUCAAAUCCUUGCAGCCAUUGAUAGAGAUCCAAAUGAUCAAAUGUUACCCAUAGCAUUUGCAGUGGUGGAGAGUGAAAACAAGGAUAGCUGGACAUGGUUCUUGGAGUUGCUUAUUGCUGACCUUGGUGGAAGGGAAGAGUGCCUGACAUACACAUUUAUUAGUGAUCAGCAAAAGGGAUUAUUGCCUGCAAUGGAAGAGCUUCUGCCUAGGGUAGAACAAAGAUUUUGUGUCAGACAUUUAUACAACAACUUUAGGAAGAGGUAUCCUGGAAAAAAACUUAAAGAAAUUAUUUGGAAAGCUGCCAAGUCUACUUAUUACCAGGCUUGGGAAAAGGGAGAUGAAGAGGCUUUCAAUAGUGUCAUAUUGGAUUCUAGGUCCAAACCAUUGAUAACCAUGGUAGAGGAAAUCAGAACAUAUAUGAUGGAGAGGUGGGCUACAAACAGGUUGAGGUUUGAAAGGCUAGCAUAUGAAGAAGUGCUACCAAACAUUAGAAGGAAGAUUGAGAAAACAAACUCAUACACAAACAUGUGGCUAGUCAGUGGAACAGUUUUGAUUAUUGUAUGUAUUGUUAGGAUGUCUGAUGAGCAUAUCUUUGAAGUGAGGCAUCUUGAAAAUUCUGCAGAAAAGUUCACAGUCAACUUGAAGGAUAGAGUUUGUUCAUGCAGAAGAUGGGAGCUGACAGGCCUACCUUGUGUGCAUUCACUUUCAGCCAUGAAGAGUAGGAAUCAUAAGGUUGAUGACUACAUACCUGAUUAUUAUAGAAAGUCAAGAUAUGUAGAAGUCUAUAAACCUGUUAUUUUUCCAGUUAAUGGCUCUAAUCUUUGGGUAAGAACAGAGUACCCUGAUGUUCUGCCCCCAAAAUAUAGGAAAAUGCUUGGAAGGCCUAAAAAGAGAAGGAAUUUAGAGCAAGGUGAAAUUGACGGGUCUGAUAGAAAAAUGAGAAGGACUGGAUUUAUUGUUUCAUGCAGUAGGUGUAAAAAACCAGGUCACAACAAACUUACAUGUAAGGUUCCUUCAACUACUCAAGCUUCCCAAUCAGUUUCUGCCCAAGCUUCUCAACCGGUCACUGCCCAAGCUUCCCAACCAGUCACUGCCCAAGCAUCUCAAGCAACACCUCAAGCAUUUCCUAAUCAAGCUUCCCAACCAGUCACUGCCCAAGCAUCUCAAGCAUCUCAAGCAAAGUCCAAGAAAAUCCAUUUAAAAUCAAAGAAGUUGCCAGUUAGGAGGCCAGCUACCCCUUUCACACCACCUGGUCCUACAACAAGAUUGAAUGCAGCCAGAACAGCUGUAGGCCCAACAACAAGAAGGACAACUCCUACCAAGAGAGCCACCCCAAGCUGGAAAAUUUAG